UCUCUAACAAAGAAACGCUAGAGCAUCUAAUCUCUUCCUCGAGCCGCCGGAGCAAGUUAGCAAAACCCCCGUUUGUAUUGACAGAAGAUGGAGAGACGUGCGCUUCUCAGAUCCUUAUCCUACGCUGCUUCUUGCAAAAGGCUCUUUCUCGAGCCAAGUACCAGAUCCAUGCCCUUCUUAUCCACCUCCGUCGAGCAAAAUCUCGUCGACAGACUUCCACCCUCCUCUUUUCUCCUUCUCAAAAGAGCUUUCUCUCUUCUCCCUCGGUCCGUCGCAACGUCUCCGAACCAAACAUCGCCAGUUACAGAUUACAGCCUUCCCAUUGCAACGGGCAUUGGAAGUAGGCGCUUAUUCAGUGUAGAUGUCUCCCCCCUCCCUGUCAUAACUGACCCUGAUGUAAAGGGUGCAUUCAAGGACUUAAUGGCUGCAAGUUGGGAUGAGCUUCCGGACACAGUCACCCAUGAUGCCAAGGCAGCAUUGUCAAAAAACACCGAGGACAAGGCUGGGCAGGAGGCUUUGGCGAAUGUCUUCCGUGCAGCUGAGGCCGUUGAGCAGUUUGCCGGGGUCCUGGUUUCUCUCAGAAUGGAACUUGAUGAUAGCAUUGGAUUAAGUGGUGAGAAAGUGGGUCACCUGACAGAUGAAUUUCAGGAUGCUCUGCACGCUGCUUACACACGCUACGUGACGUAUUUGGAUGCAUUUGGCCCUGAUGAAACCUACUUGCGAAAGAAAGUCGAAAUGGAGUUGGGGACAAAGAUGAUACACAUAAAGAUGAGAUGCAGUGGCCUUGGUUCUGAAUGGGGGAAGGUUACAGUUCUUGGGACAUCCGGGAUUGCCGGAUCAUACGUCGAACAUAGAGCUCCAUGAAAUGUCGGGCAAGCAGCUGCUGGAAGACAUACUCUCAUUACUGAGAACUUUCAUGGCUGCGGGUGGUAGAGCUGUUUGUCAUUGCCUCUGCUGGAAUGGGAUGCAUGGUUUUUCAAUAAAAUGAGGUAAGGUGGUGUAAUCUCUCCAAGGGAAUCUUUAGGAGUGGGAAAUGUUUUGUCGGAAAAUAAUCGCACUAUCCAUCACUUGCAAAGUAUGAAAAUUGGGUGCAUAUUUUCUCU